UGGCACGCCCAACACUCGGGCGCCUGCGCUUCCCACCCCGCUCGCCGGGAUGCGGGUGGGGGUGGGGGGGCAAAUUGGGAGGGGGAUCCUGGUUGGUGGUCCUCACUAUGAGCGUAACUGGGCUUGGGGUGCUGCUAAUGGAGCUGCGUCCUGCAGGAACAUGGAGACCUAACUGAAGACCUCUCUAGACAGUCACUGGCAGCCAGGACUCAGGGACAAAGGAGAUGGAUGUGGGAAAUCUGGUCUGUUGACUUGAAGGCAGGUAACAAUUCAUUCUCGGGAAGUUCAGCUCUCACUUAACUGACAGCUAUGAGAAAGAGAAUUUAUCACUCAUUCAAAACCCAGCAGCACCCACUGCUUCUUCGAAGACCCUUACCUCCAAAGCUCCCUAAACUACCUUUAGUAAAGAAGAAAGUUCGUAUAGUACAAACAGGCUCUGCUAGAGAACCUCAGGAGGCCCGCAGAAAGUUCGACACCGAGGAAAGCGCUUUAGUGAAAAUCGACCAAAGUGUUUCUCAACCACAAAAACCUGCCAGCGUUCAAAACGUCUGUCUUGAUUAUGAGCAUGAUGAACCCGAAAGAGUGGUUAACAUUUUUCCGCAUCCACACGGUGUUCGCCGCCUUCAUUGGAAGGUCCCAAAGAGCGCCGCCGGUUCCAUGUUCAUUCCACGAUGUCUGUCCGCAUCUUCCAGAGUUUUUAGGAAAACACUAAGCCAAAUAAAAAGAGCCAGAAAGUCCUUGAAAAGCAAACAAGAUGAAGAUCUCACUAAAAAGCCAUUUAGCAACACUUUAGUUAUUUCCGAGGAGCUUUCCAAACCUUUACCCCCUUCUUACUCUAGGCUUAUAGCCUCUAGGUUUAAGCACUCAGGUACAAAGUUUCGCCCUGCACCAAAGAUUUCACACUAUAUUCAAGAGCUUCCUCUUCUCAAAGAUGUGAAGGAAACAGUGCUUAGCCCCAUAUCCAGCGCUUCGUCUGCAAUACCAGAACCAGAGUGGUCUGAACGCCCACUCCCUAAGACAACCAUAGGUAAAGUGAUACAGCUGAACACCGGUUCGCUCCCGCCUGCCCACUCUCUGCCAACGCCUGCUUUGCCAAGAAAACCUCCAAGGCAGAUUAUGAUAGAAAAUGCUGUAAUGACUAGAAAGACAGAAACCCAGAAACCAGUUGAGAUUACUCUGAGACCCACGAGAAGAUUAGACCCAGAUGCUCAUGUUUUACGAGGGGACGGCUUUAAGGCUGUUGGAGCAACGCGCUCUGAAACAAUCCUGGCACUAACCACCUUGGCCAUAAUAAACUGCCAAAUAUAUGGAAGAAAUGCACUUAAUUUCAAGGGAUUCUUUCUAGCGCAGUGUCCAGACUUAACAUCUGUGGCUUUUCAAUUGGUAUACCUUAAUUUAUCAUAUAAUGACCUCCACCAAUUUCCGGGAGAAGUACUUUAUCUUCAAAACCUACAAGUACUGAAACUGAGAAAUAAUCCUAUCAGAGAAAUUCCUUCUGAAAUUCAGCAAUUGAAGUACCUUAGGAAGUUCACCAUUGCCUUUAACUUUAUUACAUCGCUUCCUGCUGGGUUAUUUUGCCUGAAUUAUCUUGAGGAGCUUGAUGUUUCCUACAAUGAGAUUGAAAAUAUUCCAAAUGAAAUCCAGAAACUCAGGUCACUUGAAAAACUGACUGUUGACGGGACUAACAUAACAGCAUUUCCACCUGGGAUUUUGAAGCUUAACUUGGUCAAACUCGAAUUUGAGAAUACAUUCACUAUUCCUCCGUUUUGGUUAGAGAAUUCCUGCAAUAACCCUCCACGGCUUACUCAUAUUUGUUCUUUGUUCAUUGUUAAAAACAAUCUACAUAAAAUACUUGAUUAUGACCCAGUUGUAGUUCAAAAAUAUCUUAUAAGCACAUCUGACUGUGAUUGGUGCCAUGGUCCCAAGUUUGGUGAAGGUUUCGGCAUCAUCCGAUCCUGUAAUAUCUUUGGGCUAUCACACGUCCCCAUUAAGUUCCAUGUCUGCUCUCUUUCCUGCUAUUUGGAGAUCAGAGAAAGCAGUUUUGUUUUAGAAGGUUUUCCUAGUAGGAGAAUAGCUCUCAAUAUGGACUGGGUAAAGGAGAGAAAGGUCAGCAACGUCUCGUUCUAUUUGUAAAACCCACACAUAGUUAUGUAUGGGUAAUUCACCUCUUAGAGCACAGGCUCUGUACGGGGGACCCAUGGGUCUUCUCUGCUGAGUUCUCUCGGUGAUCCUCCUCCUCCUGAGAGCCUGAUUGUUAGAAGCUCUGACUCGAGGAGUAGGAAAGGCCUUUGGAGUUCAGUAGGGACCUUGAGAAUUUCCUGGAGAACAUGUUUACAGUAAAGGGGAGGGGAGGAAGGUUCAAAACAUUUGCCAAAAGAACUGCGUCUUAUACUCUGUCUGUUCUUGAACCCAUGUUCAAUGACAGGCUAGCAGCUUGAAGCCAAUAUGGGGAACUCUGCUGCACGAGGCCACAAAGUUAUGUGUCCAGGUACAAAAUGUUAGCUGUGCGCCCUCCUCACUGCCAACCAACUAGUCUUUCUCCUGAGAAUAAAAAGAUUAAUUGCCAACUGA